GGUUUGUUCUCUCCCCCCCCCCGACGUCCAUCUGAUCCUGCUUGCGUCUGCCGAAUCUGCCCUGUGGGUUUCCUCGAUCCGCUCGCCUGGAUCCGGCUGUCCAGCCCAACCCGCUUCCUUCAGACCCAAGCCAGCGGCAUCUCUCCCACCAACCCCCACUGAUAUCCUCAUUGCUGCCAUUAACACUCGCUUCUCUAUCAGCGUCUCAUCUCCAAUUCGGUCUCGAUACCGCUCCUCACAUCAAAGCCUGAAGGAAGGGGAUGGCCCGACAAUAAUUAUCUUGGCGAUCCUGCUGUCCAUCCCGCUGCGAAUCCGCCCACUUCGCCUUACACUCCCAGCCUUCCCCUUCCACUUCCGCUCUCCCUCUCCCAUUCAUCACUAUGAACUAUGGCCCUCCUCUAGCGGGCCCAGGGCGGCUUCACGACCUUCCCGACCUUCCCGAUCCCAGCGGCCCCGAGCAGAACCCUCAUCUCGACAGCGAUGGUCCCUACGGCUUGAGGCUGGAGCACUUUGCGACCACGGACACCGCCGUCAGCGAUCCGCUGUUCUACAACAUCCGCCCUCAGACCACCGUCACCCCCCUGCAAUGGCUGAGGAGUCGGGCCCGCAAGCACCCGAGGCCCUCCGAACCCAUAGCCGAGCCUGAGCCUGAGCCCGUGCCCGUUCCCAAUCUCGCGAAUAAUGCUACCCCUCGACGGCCGCCCUCAGUCUACAGCGACUCGACCGAUCAGUCCAAGGAGUUGCCGCGAUGGAGAGCUCGUGUCUUCCACAUCCUCCACAACCGCAAAGAGUCGCCGCUGGGGCGGGUCCUGCAUUGGGUCUUUCUACUGGGCCUGUGGAUCUCCAUCGCCAACUUUUGCAUCGCAACGGUUUCGCAGAUCACCGAGCACCCUGAGGCCCGGGUGGCACUCUUCUGGAUCGAUUUCGCCACGACCAUGAUUUUCGUCGUGGAGCUCACGAUGCACAUCAUCGCCUCAAGGUCAUGGCGGACGCUCUUCACUUGGUCGCGGGUGAUUGAUUUCAUGGCCAUUGUGCCGUUCUUUAUCGAGGUUAUCGUUUCCUGGGCCCUGCGCCAGGAUCCGAUCGAGUACAGCUACUCGAUGGGCACCAUGAACUCGCUCCGCACCCUCAGGGUGCUGCGAGUCUUCAAAUUCUUCCUCAAGUCGUCCAAGCUCAAUUUCCUGGUUCAAGCGCUGUACAACUCUCGGGAUGGAAUCCUCGCUUUGGUCUAUGUGCUGCCGCUCAUCAUCUUGUUCUUUGGAACGAUGGUGUUUUUCGCGGAGCAGUCCGAAGAGGUUUACGUCAAUGGGGUGUGGUACUAUAAGGCGACAGGCAACCCUGCCAACUUUCAGUCGAUACCGUCAACGUUUUGGUUCAUGAUGGUCACUCUGACAACAAUCGGCUAUGGCGACGUCGUGCCUCAAACCACGCUCGGAAAGAUGGCGACCAUUGGUGCCAUGGUGGCCGCCAUGUUCGUUGUUGCUUUCCCGCUGACCAUGAUCACCACGCAGUAUACCGUGAUCGUCCGCAAGUUCAACCAGAAGCGGCACAAGGAAAACGAAUGGCACAAUGCCAUGGAGCUAGCAGCCGCGAGAGCGCUCAUGUACAAGACGCCAUCGCAGCAACAGAUCAAUCCUGCUUCCAGCGCCACCCUUCCAGCUCCCGGGGCAUCGCAGACGCUCUGGGUUGGCACCCCACAAAAACCAGAGAGCAUCCGGCUCAGUCUUACGCCCCCGACUCCUGUGAUCGAGACAAAGCACUUCCCCACCCCAAACAUGCCGCCCGAAAGCGCCAUCAUCGAGAUCCCGGACUCGGCCGCAUUGCAAACACCCAAGGGCAGCCCCACCCAGAUCGCCUCCAAUCCAAACUUCCCAUUCGACUUUACUCAGCUCCACCAAAAGUUUGCCGAGCUCAUGCGAGAUACGGACCAGCAGGAUUCCCGCUCGUCGCUGUCGAUCUACGAUGACCUGGGCGGCGUGGCCGAUGCCGAUGCCGAAGACACUGCUGAAAGCUCGCAAGAGGAUAUGUUGGACAUGGACCCGAGCUUCGAGCCGGCGCCGGCGCCGGUGCCCUCGGUAAGGCAAGUCACUUUCGCCCUCGACCGCGACCAGCAAGCCAGCUCGACCCAGCAAGCGCAGUUUGUCGCCGAUCCCAGCGACCCUGUCGUCGACGGCGACGCUAUGCCCUUUGGCUUUCCUCUGGAAAAGUUUGGAACCACGGGCGACCUCGACGACACGCACACCGCCCGCAGUCGAACGGCCCCGCUGCGGCUUCCUCGAAUCAGCAAAAUUGCCAAAAAGAUCCGCGAUCGUGCUCGCCGCGAUUUCGGCCUCGCCUCAGGUACCGCUUCGGUCUCGCCAGUAGCCGGCGCACUCCCCAGCCCAAGAGGAUCUACUUCGAAAGCUGCUCCAGCCGACGAAGGCGGCUCGUCGACCUCGAUACGCUACAGCGCAGGCGACAAGGAUGCCGAUGGCAAACCGAAAGCCCGCGGGAUGCACCGGUCACGAAGCCAAGGAUUCGGCCCGCAGUACAUGUCCUCGCCGGACCUCCUCUCUGGCGCUUCGUUUCCUGGCCUGCCCGAGCCAGGGCCUGAAGACCGCUUUGCCAUCCCGCCGCUGAAGCCCCAUCGCACGCGUCGAAACUCGACAUUCUCGUCGUCGCCCCGGACAAGGGAUCUGUCGAAACGACACUCGGUCUUUGACCAUUAUCCGUGUGCGAGCUGCAUCGAGCGCAUGAUGGAGCCUCGGCUCGACGGAGGCGAGGCGCCCAACAGCGUCUAUCUGCGUGUCGUUGAUUGGCGACACCAAAUCGGCGACGGGGUUGAAGAGGACGUGCUGAUGAUGAAGAUUGCCAUCACCGAGCCUGGGCAGUACAAGAAACUGAUGAAGGCCCUGGCCGAAAUCUGACACGCCGCCAGGCUCGGCAAUCCGGCAGCAGCCCCCCUCCUCUCACCUAUGAUCUUGCGAUUCUCUCCCAAACUUUCAUCCGUAACCUUGGAACUCCUCCCCCCCCCUCUCACUUUGAUCCACCAGCCCUCCUUCCUCUCAGCGGGUGGCUCGUCAUCUUCACCCUGGAUGCGUCCAUGACCAUUGUAAUCCAUCUAUCUAUGCGAGCGCAAGCCAAGACGCAUGACCUUGAUUCCAACGAUUGGAUCAUGCGGCUCUGUAAUUAUUGAAUACUCAUAGUCAAUAGAGUUCCUCAUCAUCGGCACUGACCCCAUCCAGCCCACAGCGGGGCGGAAUGUACUAUUGCCGCACCGAGGGCAAAACCUACAACGCGAAACGGAUAUGCUGAACGUGGCUGUUCCAGCAGGCAUGAGAAUAGGACGUGGGAAGGGAAACUG